AUGAUAGUAGCUGCUGCCCCUGCGCCUCCAGUUCCAGCACCACCAGGCAAACCGCCCUUUCCUAUCCUCUCCUCCUCCCUCCGCCGCGGCUCCUCCAGCUGGUGGUUCUCCAACGGCAACGCCCAUGGAAGAGACAGCACCACGAGCAGCAGGGCGACGGGGAGGAGGUGGUGGUCCGACCCCGACGGCAGCCAAGAAGACUACGGUUCCUCUUCUGUAGAGGACGAUUACGAUUACGAUUACGAGGAUGAGGCUGCGUUCCCCGGAUUUGGAGGUGCCGGGGAGCUGUUCGACGAGCCCUGGUUCUCCAAGGUAUUUAAGACGUACGGAUUCCUGCUACCGGUGAUGCUUGUGUCCAUGUUUGCUGCAACGGGGACAAAGGCCUUUCUAAUGGCCAUGGUGUUCCCGCUCGGUCAGUCGGCCAUAUCAUUUCUGCUUGAGGCUGUAUGGGGAAGGAGAAAAGGCAACCGCGACGACAGGCGGUGGAGGAGACCAGUCCAAGAGGAAGAAGAGGAAGAUUACCCUGAGGACGCCACUGACUUUGCAACAGGUGGUCGAGGCAAUGGAUACGGCGGCGGCAGCAGCAACUAUUAUGAGGGGAGGAGAGGGUGGCGCAGCUACCAGUCAAGGGUUUCUAACGAUUUUGCUGAUGCUGCCUCAACUGCUGUUGGAGCUGAUGAUAACACCAAGAGCAGCAGCAGUGGAGAUGACUGGGGACGCAACAAAAGCGGUGGUGGAUAUGGAGGAUGGGAUGAGCUUCUGGACAACAACACUGCUGCUGCCCAGGAGGCAAAGAGGAGCAGCAACUCAUUCUCAGCUGGCAACACUGAUUACAGCACGAAAUCGCGGCCUUCAGCAACUGGGGAGGAAGAUGCGGAUUAUACUGCCGCUGCUGGUGGUGGCGGAAGAGUGGAGCAGGGGAGUAGGAGCUCCUCCAGAAAGAAUGAGAAUGAGACGACGGCGGAUGCCAAGAACGAUGGGGCUGGGCACUACCAGGUACAAGCAGGCGCCACUCUUGAUGCGCUUGUUGGUGGCAGUCUUCCCGUUCAUGGGAUCAUGGUUCAGGUUGUAGCAUUGGUAAUGCAAAUGUAA